CUAGAUUUAAAGACGAGUAUCAACCAGUCCGAUACAAGGAAAAGCUUAUGGAGGAGAUUAAACGUAGAACACAGGGCCCAGACGAAACUAUUGGAACAUAUAUGGCCAUUAUGAAUAGAUAUUUUCAUAGACUGCAAUACCCGAUCACUGAAGAUGCCAAGCUAACCAUACUUCUCCGUAACAUUGCUCCUGUAUAUCGAAACCAACUUGGUGCUUUCGAGAUAUCCAGUCUAGCUCAGUUGAAGACACUCUGUAGAAGGAUAGAACACCGUAUCCAGACCGAAGAUUAUGCUCCUCCACUUAGGAAAAAUCAAUCAUUAGAACCAGAUUUGGCUUAUGUUGAUAUAAGUCAAGAUAUCGAUGAAUUACACGUAUCUCCGCCGCAAACCAGUCAGUCAAGUAACAUUCACUGUAGUAACCAGAGAGAAGUUAUAUGUAACCGCUGCAAGAAGCCAGGACACAGAGCAAUUGGUUGUGCAGAACCAGCAAAACUGAUUUGCUAUGGUUGUAAGAGAGAGGGCCACAUGAAAAGAGACUGCAGGUUCUCGGGAAACGCAAACAGGCGCUCCUAGGUCUUCGGACUAGAAGUAGCCGUGAAAGACCAUCCG